AUGGAGAGGAGAGUGAAAGUCACCAGUCUGCAGCCAGGCACAGUUGUGGUCACCAAAGAGCCGGUGGAUGCCAUGUUCCUGCCCCGCUUUGAGCAGGCGGUCCUGGGUAAGACAGUGGUGAGGAGCACGGAGCUGAACAUCGAGCUGGCAGAGGAGCUGCUUCAGUGCAGCAAAGAGCUGGCAGAGUUUGAGACUGUCAUUGGGAACACCAUGUGCACUCUGGACUUCUAUGAAGGUCAAGCUCGUUUGGAUGGGGCUUUCUGUUCAUACACUGAAGAGGAAAAACAAAACUACCUGUCCGAGGCGUAUGCAGCAGGAGUCCGCAACAUUGAGAUGGAAUCUACUGUUUUUGGUGCUAUGUGCAAACUCAGUAAUAUAAGAGCGGCUGUGGUGUGUGUGACCCUGUUGGACCGGCAGAAAGGAGACCAGCUGGCCAGUUCUCAUGAUGUCAUGCUCAGCUACCAACAAAGGCCACAGAUCCUCGUUGGCCAUUACAUCAAAAAGAAGCUUAAUGCCUUCCAGAGAAAUUAGCUUUUACAUUCAUAACACUGGAAUAUAAACAAGCCAAAGUUUUAAAGACAUCUCGGUAUGAUUUUAUAUGAUUUAUCCAGUCUUGCCUUUGCUAGCAGUCACGCUCCUGAACACUGCUAA